AUGGAGACUCUGUGCCCCGCUCCCCGCCUCGCAGUGCCGGGGUCCCCGCGAGGGUCACCCUGCUCCCCCACACCCCGGAAGCCGCGUCGGGGGACCCAGGAGUUCUCUCCUCUGUGCCUGCGUGCCCUUGCCUUCUGCGCCCUUGCCAAACCCCGGGCGUCCUCUCUGGGCCUGGGGCCUGGGGAGCUGGCGCCGCGGGCUCCGGUGCUGCUGGGCCCUUGCGCCCCGCUGUGCGGCGGCGGCAGGGCCCCGGAUGGCCUGAAGCACCUCGCGGGACAGGCCGGGCGGUCCAGCGAUCCCAACUCCCCGGCCCGCCAGGAUGCCGACGCCGCAGUGUGCCGGGGCCGCGGCGAGGAGGAAGAGGGCGGAGGCAGUUUCCCGCACUUCAGCGCUCGCUCCGGCGUACCUCCCGGCCACUGCCCGGCGCCCCGGCGCCCUCGGGAAUCUCCGACCAGCUCCGUCUCGGCUCCGCCUAGGCCAGCCCUGGCUCUCGACUCUCAGCCUGGCCCCGCCGCUAGCCCGCAUCAGGAGCCAGGUUCUCGGCCUCCGCCGCCACCUGCGGGCCUCUCCUCUGAGCCCAUGGGGCCUGGGGCCGCGCCGGAACCGCCCCCGCAGAACCAGACAGCCUCAGUCGAUGGAAACCCUCCGAAGGUCGCCCCCGAGGCACCGGCCUCCAGCCCCUCGACGGCCAGCGAAGCUCCGGCCGCGCCCGGCGAUCUCCGCCAGGAACAUUUCAAUCGUCUGAUCCGCCGCUCGAAACUGUGGUGUUACGCGAAGGGUUUCGCCCUCGACACUCCGAGUUUGCGCCGGGGGCCCGAGCGGCCCCCAGCUAAAGGGCCCGCCCGAGGAGCCGCCAAGAAACGCCGGCGGCCGGCGCCCCCUCAACGCAGCGCGCAGCCCCGCCGACCUACCCCGACGCUCCCCACCACGAGCACCUUCAAUCUCCUCGACUGCUUCCCCUGCCCCCCGGCCCUGAUGGUGGGGGAGGACGGAGACUUAGGGCCGGCAUCCUCGCUUCGCCUUCACGGAGACGCUAAGCCCCCGCCUGCCCACCCCCUGUGGAGGUGGCAGAUAGGGGGUCCCGCUGUCCCUGAGCCCCCCGGCCUCAAAUUCUGGGGAAUCAACUUGGAGCAGCCCUGA